GGUGGACAUUCUUUUGUCCGGAAACUACCAUAGCAUUCCCCCUAGCCGGCAGUUCACGGGUUUUCCUACUUCAACCUGGAGCUCUGCUUUGGUGUCUCUGGCUCUGCCAUGGAGAUCAUUGACGUGUGUUGGGCAGCGCUGUGGAUUGCAGAGUCUUGCAAAGCCGACGAUGCCUUGGCACUGGGCUAUGCAAGCCGCACCUGGUAUGGAGAGCUUUUAGAGCCACAGAUUUGGCGGAAGUACUUGGUUGGCCCACCAGCUGCGUUGGCUCGUCCUGUACUUGCGGACAGGGAGACUGGAGAGCUGCUUUGUGGUCCCACAGUACAUCCUGACAACCUCCGCUGCAUCGUGGCCGCGCUUCGGAAGCCUGGUUGGUUCCGGCACUAUCAGGGGCUGAAGCAGCUGGCCAGCAGCGGCAAACUUAGCCAAAGCUUUGGAGAUGGUGCAACCUUCGAAGAGCUCCGCCGUGACCUUCGCUCCCAGGCCAUUGGCAGGCAGCUCCAGAACCGUUGGAAUGCGCUCCACACGAGACACACGGAGCCCCCCCGCACGGCCCGCACAGCCCGUGCUGUGACUCCGGAGCCCCGGCGACGAUCGGCGGUGGCCUCCACACCACCACGACCCCGGCGAAAGGCCAAGGCCACGCCGAAGUUGCUUGGCGAGGCAAAGCACCACUCCGCGGCUAAUGCAGGUCAGUGGUGUGCUCUUGUUUUUUUGUAGAAGGGGCAAGAAGGGUUUGGACAAACAAAUUGGAUGCACCAAGCUUCUCACAGGAAAAGGAACUCCGAGAGAGAAAGUGUAGCUUUUUCAAAUCCACGAGAUACAGUUCUAAAGCGUUUGGAUUCAUCAAUGUUGGAGAUUGUAAGGGUAUUUUCAAGUAUAGAAGGUGAUGACAGUACUGCACCCAUUUGGACUACAUGACUACACAUUUCCCAGCACGCCAGCUAGAAAAGUCCACAGCACAUCAUGCAACGUUGGACCUCGGAGAUACUGCUAUCGCGGAUUCUUGAGACAACUUGUUGGCUAAAGAACAAUAGAGUGUUAGAUUUCCAUCGUGCGGAGGUCUCUUACUUAGUUUUUGCGUCUUCGUCAAAUGAUUGUUGCCAUGCUUUAGUGCGUGGUGUGGCAUCAUUGGUCCUUGCAUUUUGGCAAGGAAGAGCGUGAAGAGCAACGACAGGACAUCCCAGUCAACCUGGGCUGCUCAAGCUGCCAAAGCAUGCAGGCUUGUUGAUGCUGAUCACAUUGCGAAAGGUGCACAAAAAGAAACUCGUUCAUCUUCAGCUUCUUCCACUUCUUCGUCUUCGUCCAGCUCAAGCUCGUCAAGUAGUUCUUCCAGGAAAAGCUCUGCGCACUGCUCGGGUGACUCACAGUCAGCCGCUUGCCCAGCCGUUCCGCAACAUGGCCAGCUGACCUGGGGCGAUGGAAGAGCCUACACAGGUGAUCUGCUGCAUGGUCUUCCGCACGGCUUCGGCCGCCUGAGCUUCCCUGGUGGGACUUAUGAGGGCCAGUUUCAGGCCGGAAGAUAUCAUGGCCGUGGGGUGCAAUGCAAAGGUCAGGGACGCUAUGACGGCGAGUUUCAGGCCGGCAAGAGACAUGGUCAGGGAUCUUUGCAACUGCAUGGUCGAGUGUUUACUGGAACUUUUGAAAAUGACAAGGCGUCUGGUCACGGUACACUGCGGUCUGACACUGGACGGCUCCUUUUUGAGGGUUCUGUGCCAGCGAGAUGACAUGAUGACAUGAUGACACCUGCACAAAGCCCUGUGCGGCCUUUGCCUAGCAAACUGCGGAUGCUUUUCAGUUGGAAGCCCAGCGCAUGGCUGAGAGAUGAGAUCCAGGGUAAUUUUGUUGAGUGGAAGCUGCAAGCAACAGCAAGGGAUUUGGAGUUGAGGGAUGUCCACGAGAUUGCUCUCAUUUCUUCCAUGCCUCACUCUGUGGAGUGAUCAUGUUUUUUAGGAGUGUGAUUUUGAGUCUUUGAGACUCGUUGUCACAGCUUUGGCAGUGGGAGACACCCAGCAGCUCCACCCA